GAACCGUCACAUGAAGAGCAUUGAGUGCAAUAGUCUUCUCAACCACAAACGACGAUGAUAUACUCGGGCGGCUGCUUCUGCAGCGAAAUCAGAUACCAACUCGACUUGGUUUCACCGGAUGAAGCGCGUACUUCUCUAUGUCACUGUAAGAACUGCAAAAGGUUCUUCGGAUCCGCAUUUGGGCUGACAGCCAAGGUGCCGAAAAAUAACUUCACGGUGACGAAAGGGAAAACGAAAGUGCAUGUGAGCGAUAAUAACGGGUCAAGAUUGUUUCGGGAGUUUUGUGAGACUUGUGGUUCUGGUAUCCUGGAGUACGGCGAACAAGCGGCGCCGCACUCGAGGUAUAUAGCGGUAGGGACUUUGGACGAACCAGGGGCGCUUCCACCCAAAGGAGAGUUCUUUUGCAAGUAUAGGGAGACUUGGUUGCCCGAGUUUCCCGGCGUGUUUCACAAACAGGAGAUACAGAACUAGUAAGCUUUGAAGACAUGCGCAACCGGCACCCCUAGUGGUUUCGUGCUUAGGGCGAGGUAGUUCAAGUUGCGGCGCACCUGGUAUUACCAACACAUAUAUCGA